GCGCGACGCGCGACAACGACACCGCGGCAGCGACACACCGCACGCAGUAGCCAGCGUUCAGUAACAGCUGCGCGCCGACCGCCGACGGUCACACGACGACCGCCGUCACACAUCCGCCGCCGCCGCCGCAACCAUGUCGGUCGUGUACGCGUUUCGUACGAUCGACGUCGUCCUGUUUUUCGCGUGCUCGUGUACGUUUUUCGGCGAGUUUCACAAGUCGUCCGCGGCCAUACCGCCGCCGUAUCAGACGUAUCAGGACGAUGAAAAAGAGUUUAUAAUCGAUCAGUUGGCAAAAAUUAUCAAGGAUCAAAGCUAUAGGAUGCAGAAUAAUCUUCAGGACUCGUAUCCAAUUCCCCUCGAUCAGAUAGACGAUAAUAAACAGGCGUUUACAUACGACCUAGCAUCGCAUCUACCUGAAAUAAAUACGGGCAAUCAAGAAAUCCCAUUCGCCGUAUUGCCCAACGAUCGUCGUUACCAUCAAUCAGGUUUUUCCAAUAAUUUGGAACCACCAGGUCAUGGGGUCCGUAGAUUUCAUAAAAAGCUGAGUACCAAAAGCAGUGAAGUACAAGAUAAUUCUUCGUACGGAUCAAGCGGAUAUGUUACAUCAAAGGUCACCACCGAGAAUACGAGCAGCAGUGAAGUAUCUAUGGAUUUACCGCAGAACACUUUUAUGCACGUUAUGCCAUUUUCGUCUCAUUCGAGGUUCAGCCAAGACGAUUACUAUUUCUUUGCCAAAGCUGCUGGAGUCGGUCUAGCCGUCCUGGUCGUCCUGCUCAUAUCGUCCAUAGCAUGUUAUAGAAUGCAAAAGAAUAGCAAGGCGGCUGCAGAUAUAGAGUACCCCGCGUACGGUAUCACUGGACCCAACAAAGAUAUGUCACCCACCGGCGACCGGCGCUUGGCACAGUCCGCCCAAAUGUAUCAUUAUCAACACCAGAAACAACAGAUCAUAGCUAUGGAAACGAACAAUACGGUCAAAGAAAGUCGAUGCGGUUCAGUCAGCGAUCCGGAUAGCGAUGACGAUAAUGAGGAAGGCGAUUACACAGUUUACGAAUGCCCGGGAUUAGCACCAGCAGGAGAAAUGGAAGUGAAAAAUCCGCUGUUCCUGGACGACAACACGCCAGCAUCUCCCAACGCUGUUUUAACUAGUAAAGACAAUAUUCCGGGAAAUGGUGUCAUACCAACAGUACCCGUCCCAUAAUAGAUAACUAAUCGCCUACCACCCUAUAAAACAUUCGUCUAUAGAUGCAAAAUGUCAAAACAACACUAUUUUUUUUUUUUUUUUUUUUUAAUUUUAAUACUUUAUUAUUACCUAUUUAUUUUGAUUUUUGUUUUUCUACUAAUAUGGUAUAUUAGUAUAUUUAUAUAUACAUAUAAAUAUAUAUAUAUAUAUAUAUAUAAUAUAUACAUAAAUCAAAACAAUUUAUUGUGUGGAAUGGAUAUAAAAGGACAUAAUAAUAUUACAUAAUAUGGAACUGGGACCAUGUAUAAUAUGCGUAAUUCUGCGGAACGCGCAUGAUAUCAAACGCGGCCACUGACUGAAUUCGUGGAAAAGACCCCUGAAAAUUUUUUUUGAAAUUUCGAUUAUUUAUUUUACAUUACUUACCCCUUAACUCUACAUCAUUAAUUCUCGAAAUAGUCUUUAGUCGGACAUUCUUAUGAAAUGGAAAGGGAUUGGGCGAACGGAAUACCAUCAUGCUAGUAUGAUGUCAAAGUUACUACUCCUUAAAACUGGCAAUGUAUUGGAUGAUACUUUUUAACAUACACCACCGUCUAUAAUUAGUGCACAUCCGUCUAGUAGACACGUAACUAAAAUUUAAACAAGGAAAUAUUUCGUUAAUUCGAUAUAAUAUUUUCGAACAUCCAAUUUUAAACUUUAAAACAAUAAUGUUUUGUAUUUUUCAGAAUAUCCGGAAUUUCUUAUCGAACGUGACAAUAGUGAGUUCUUUUUUGUUGUUUUUUUAUUAAAACAAAAACAAUUUUAAGUACAUUACGCGAUUUUCCCAAAUAACCACGAGCUUAAAAUGACCACUGAAAACCAUUAUUUAUUUUGUUACAGUUUUAUGAAAAACUUAUACCAUAUUUUGACAAACAAUUAUCAGGAAAAUAUGUAAUCAAUUAUACACGUAUCCUAUUCCUGAUUUUAUGUAAUUUAUACCACAAGUCCGUGUCUUUCACGACAGUACGCGCUAAAUAAGCGAUAUUAUCUAAUACAUUCAAAAUUGGGUUAUUAAAAUAUAACCAAUAAAAGUAGUAAGAUAUAUUUUACGGGACAGAUUAUAAGAAAUUUAAAUUUUAAAAAUCGUUUUAACCUCGUACUAAAUAUAUAUAUAUUAUAUACACAUAUAUAUUAUAUACACCACAGGCACGUAAAUAUUCUGCAUACGAAUAAUCAUAUUCGGAAAUACUGUUUUAAAUAUAUUAUAUAAUAUAUACAUAUACAUAUUAUACAAAUCAUAUUUUAUCCGUUGACAACAUAUUUUAAAUGUCUAAUUAUUUUGUUAUUAUAUUAUUUUGUUCGUACAAUAGAAUACGUUAGUUUUAGUACCAAUGUUAAUUAAUAUUAGUCAAUUCAUUAUUGUUUUUAUUUUAAAGUCUUCCAAAUGUACUAGACCACUUAAACUCUUCCGCUCGAUAUGUAUAUAGUGAUAUAAAUAUAGAUCAAUGCUAUAUUAUAUACAUAAAUAUACAUGUAUAUAUAUACUAGUUAUAAACUAUAACCUAGGUCCAAUUGAUAAAAAGUAUUUUUGAGCAGAUUUUUUACGUGAACAAUUAUUAUUCGUUUAAACCAGAGUUUUAUAAUGCCGUAGGUACAACUAUAAUAAUAUAUAAAUAUAUAUAUACCUACUGAUAGAUAGUUAGAAUGUAAUUUGUGUAUGCAAUUGGGUAAACCCAAUAAGUUGUGGUAGAAAAGGGCCCAGUAGAAUGUAUGGAAUAAAUACGUUAUUUUAUGAUGAGAAAGUAUUUAUACACGUCUACUUAGAUAAUUGGUCCAUUUUUUGCAAAUUGACGACCCGUGACGUAAAUAAAAUAACAUUUAAGAAUAAACUCAAGUUUAGGUAUCCGUUUUAAUGUCUUAAACGUUUGUGCUAUGUUUCAAUGACGUUUUUACAUUUCAAAUCUACUAAGAGCAAAUAUAAUUAAAAUGUAACUUUAAAACGCGUAUAGGUAUACUGAAAUCUUGUCUCAACUUUAUCGCGGUCGUCAAAUUGCCAAAUAGAAAUUAUUAGAAAAUCAAGAGAUGAAUAAUAUGCCUACACACAACUGCGGUAUACUCACGAUGUACAACAAUUAUUCAAGUUUGUAAAUUAAAAAAUUUCAAACGUAUCGAGCGUGAUAGUUUUAGAUUAUAUAACAUUAUAUUAUAUACCAUACUAUAUAUUGUAUAAGUAAUCGUACGACUUACUUUAUUGCCCAGGUAUUUAAAUUUGAAGUGGUUGUCAAUUCAAUUGUUUUGGAAACCCUAUCAAUUAACAUGCUAAAUAAUUUGUAAGUUAAGCUAAGUCAAUUUAUUUAUGGUAAUUCGUAAUAUAUAUAUAUAUAUAUAUAUAAUGUGUGUAUAUAUAUAUAUUAUAUAUAUUUCAUCAUGGUUAUAAUAUUAUUAUUAUCAUUGCAGGUAUACUAUUAAUAUUAUAUUGUUAACAGAGUUUGAAAUAUUUUAACUAAAAGGAAAAUCUAUCAAAUACACCAUUAUCAUUACUGUAAUAA